GCAUAAACGGAAGCCGUGGUGUAUACUCAGGUGAGCUUGACGCAGGCGCAGAGCUCAUUUUAACCUGCAGCAGCAGAGACGCAGCGGCUGCACCGGAGGAGCCAGCGGAACAAAGAGGACCACAGAAGCCGAUCAGGGUGAAACAUGCUGAAGUCAAACAGCCAAUACGACUCCUUCCUCUUCUGGAGGCAGCCAAUCCCGGCCCUCGACCUGUCGGAGCUGGAGGAUCUGGGUUUGACCGACGGUCAGCCGGCCAAUAGCAUCAAAGCAAAAGACAAGUCGUCCUCGCUGAGGAGUCAGGACGAGGAGGGCGGCCUGUCUGAGUUUUCCUCCUUUAACUAUUGGAGAGCUCCCAUCGCUGACGUGGACGCUCUGCUGGCCGACCUCAACCUGCUCCUCUGAAACCCUCCAUCACCUGACCUCUGACCCCAGAUCAGCCUCACAUCACCUGACCUCUGACCCCAGAUCAGCCUCUGCAGGCCUCACCUCCUGUCCUCUGACGCUGUCCCGUCGCUGAAGGAGAUGUUACCGUUUCAGGAAGUCACCAAAAUAAGAGCUUGGUUUUCACACUAAAACAGUCGGACAGGACAGAGGUCUGCUGAGACUGAUCCUGGUUCAGAUUACACUCCCACAGCUUCGUCGUCACUCUCUGAUUCUUAAUUAGUUUUCCUGAAAUCACAAAGACCGAAUCGUCUGUCUGGACUUUUAUUUUAAACGAACGCAGUCAGCUGACAUGUUGGAGUCUGUAUCACACUGUGAGUCCAGCUUUGCCUGUCUCCACUGAGUCCGGAUCAUAACUGCUGUCAUGAAGCUGAUUAUUCACCGAGAGACGUCGUCUCCCCAAA